AUGGCCUACAAUCCUCGAAUGAGUAUGGCGCCCAAUUCCCAACAACAAAAUCGAGGGAAAAAAAAGGAGGACGACAGUGAUGCCUUCAUGCGCUUGCCCGACAAAGAAAUUGCAGGAUGCAUAAGUGACAUUGGAGUUCCCUUCACAGUCGCAGAUCUGCAGAAGCCAAAUCCACUCCAGAUCCAGAUGAUCUUCGAACGGUUCGUUGAAGUCCUCAUGAGCACAAGUCGCGAGACUGUUGAUCCAGCAAUGCGCGCGGCGGCCGAAGAUAUAUGCGGAGAAUUCAUGGAUGUCAUUCCGGCAGAAACACGAAACCUCAUGGGAUUUUACGUCAGCUUGCGCAAGUUAUUACUAGAGUGCGGGAUUUUGGAUUUCUCGUUCCAGGACUUAUUCAAACCGACCCACGAUCGCCUGGCUAAGAUCUUUUCCUACAUCAUCAACUUUGUGCGGUUCAGGGAGGGCCAGACAGCUAUCAUUGACGAGCAUCUUAAUAAGGUAGAGACGACAAAGGUCAGAAUAGAGACAUUGUAUAUGGAGAACCAGGAUAUGGAGGCCCGCUUCGACGAGAUGCAGAGGAACCGCAAAGCUAUGGAGGCACAUAUUGCAGAUAAAGUUAAACGGAACGAGGAACUGAAAAAUCGACUUCUAGAAUUGAAAAGGAGCCAGGAGAAGGUGGCCCAGCGCUUCGAGAAUGCUAAAGCGAAGAAGGGGGAGAUAACUGGGAUCCUAGAGGAUAAGACCGCAACAACUAUUUCCCUGCGACAGGAGAGUGCAAAACUACGGCCAUAUGUACUCCAAUCGCCAGCCGCCCUACAAGCAUCUUUGACGGAGUUGAGCAAUGCGCUGAAUGCAGAGAAGACGCAAAUUGAUACCCUCGACCGUCGUGCCCGCGCCUUGCAGACAUCUACAGAUACCUUCCAAGUGGUCUCUGUUGAUGUUGCGUCCUGCAUAAAACUUCUGGAAGAGAUCUCUAUCGAACUAGAAAAGGAGUCGGAGGAAAAUAUCCGAAUCGCAAGGCAACGAGACGCAUUAGGGGAGCGAGGAAAUAACGUCCGGGAAGUGGAGAGGACCGAAGGAUUACUGCAACGACAGUUAUCAAAAUGGUUAGAGCGUACUGAAAAGCUGAGGGAGGGUAGUAGGGAGAAGGCUAUGAGUGCAAAGGAGAGGACGGAGGAGUUGCGUGCCGUGCAUAGAAAGCUCACCGAGGAGAGGGCUGAGAAGGGACGGGAGAUGGAGAGGAGGAGAGUGAGGAUAGAACAAACAGAGAAAAAGAUGGCGGACUUGAAGGAGAAUAUCGAGAAUGAGACCCAUAGUGCUCAUGAUGAGUUCUUGAAGAUGGAUUCGCACAUCAAGCUCUACAUCACAGAGAUGGAGCAAUCGUUUUGA